AUGACUGUCGUCGGGGCCGUUGUGAACGCUAUCGGCGAUCUCAAUCCUCUCUCUUUCGUCACUUUGGUUCCCGUGAUCUUCGUCCUUGCUCAUGUCAUCCCGUGGCUUGUCGACGUUCACGGCCUCCGCUCCUAUCCAGGCCCCUGGUUGGCCAAGUUCUCAGAUGCUUGGCUAGGCUGGGUGGCCGCACACGGACAUCGAUCCGAGAUCGUUCACGAAUUGCACAAGAAAUACGGUCCUAUCGUUCGCAUUGCCCCGAACCACGUAUCCAUUUCCGAUCCCGCUGCCCUUCACCUUGUCUACGCGCAUGGCAAUGGCUCCUUGAAGUCCAAUUUUUACGACGCAUUUGUUUCUAUCCAGCGUGGUCUUUUCAACACACGCGACCGCUCGGCCCAUGCCCGUAAGCGUAAGAUCGUCUCACACAUAUUCUCCCAGAAAAGCGUGCUCGAGUUCGAGCCGUAUGUGAGAGAGUAUGUGAAGACGCUCAUACAACAAUGGGACAGGCUGUAUGAUCUCGCUAUCAAAGGCAUGGACGGCCCCGAAGGUGAAGGCGGUUGGAAGGGUAGGAAUGGAAGACUUUGGUUGGACUGCCUGCCUUGGUACAACUAUCUUGCAUUUGAUAUAAUUGGUGACCUGGCUUUCGGAAGCCCUUUCGGCAUGCUUUUGGCCGCAAAAGACUCAGCUCCUGUGGCGACGUCGUACGAGAAGGCCAUCGCAUCAUACGGCGAGGAAGGCGUUGCCCCAGAGGUGGUAAGCAUCCCUGCCGUCCAAAUCCUUAACGAUCGUGGCGAGUUCUCGGCAGCCAUGGGCGUUCUGCCUCCUGCGUGGCGGCCGGUCGUCAAGCGAUACAUCCCGUGGUACAGCAAAGGCGAUAGGGCUGUGAAGAACCUAGCCGGAAUCGCUGUCGCCGCAGUCUCAAAGCGUUUGGCUACACCUAAUUAUCGGGUGGAUCUAUUGAGCAAGCUGCAGGAAGGCAAGGAUGAUGAGGGUCGACCAAUGGGGAGGGAAGAACUGACAGCUGAGGCACUCACUCAGUUGAUCGCCGGCAGUGACACCACGUCGAACACCUCUUGCGCGAUUACAUAUUAUCUUGCUGCUAAUCCGCGCUGUCAAGAGAAGUUGCAACUCGAGCUUGAUUCCGCGCUGGGGAACGAGGAUGACGUAGCGUCCACCUUUGAAUCCACCAAACGCCUGACAUACCUUGAAGCCGUCAUAAAUGAAUCUAUCCGCCUGCAUUCGACAUCGGGCAUCGGCCUGCCUCGUGUAGCACCUCAAGGUGGUCUCGAAAUACUCGGCAAAACUUUCCCAGAGGGUACGGUUUUGAGUGUACCCAGCUACACAAUUCAUCGGGACACGGCCGUCUGGGGAGACGACCCCGAUGCCUUCAGACCCGAGCGAUGGUUUGAGCAGGAUAAUGACGCAAUCCAAAAGACUUUCAAUCCGUUCUCUUUUGGCCCUCGGGCAUGUGUCGGCCGCAACCUCGCGAGCAUGGAACUUCUCAUCAUCAUCUCGUCGAUUCUCCGUCACUACAGCUUUGUCCUUGAGGAGCCUGAGAAGCCAUUCGCGACUAGUGAAGGCUUCUUGCGCAAGCCAUUGGACUGCAAAGUGGGCAUCAAGAGAAGGGAUUUGUAA